AUGGACGUGGUAGAUGAAUCAGAAGCGUUACAGAGAUUUUUUGAAGGUCAUGAUAUUACCAGUUCUCUGGAGCCAGCCAACAUCGACACCAGUAUCCUGGAAGAGUACAUCAGCAAGGAGGACGAUAGCACUGACAUCUGUUUCUCAGAGGUCCACAGCGCCCCGGGACCAAAUUACUCAUCUCCCCAGGCAGGAGGGUCCUCCUCUGGGGGGUUGGUGUGUGGUGUGAGCCCCCCUAUCCCACUACGCCAAGGAGGCCUUCUGCCUGGGCCCCCCAACUGUCAGAACACCUACCCCCCAGGUCCAUCCCUGGGCCUCCGACACAACUACCCCUGCCUGGGACAGCAGCAGCAGCAGCAGCAGCAGCAGCAGCAGCAGCAACAUCAGCAGCAACAGCAACAUCAACAGCAACAGCAGCAACAGCAGGCACACCUCAAGCCCGAGCACAGGGGCCUCUACGCUCCAGGGACUCUACCCGAGUCCCCUCCAGACUCCAGUUCAGAGCCAUACUCUCCACAGCAGGUGAAUGAUCCUCACAUGAUCAGGACCAUGACACCAGAAAACAUGUGUCACAUGACCCCAACGCCACCAAUCCUCUAUACGAGCAUGCAUCGGGACAUGUACCCCAAGCCCGAGCCCAUGAUUUCGCAGUAUCCCAUUGGCCCAGCCACGAGCGGAGGUGGAGACAUGCAGCAGACACAGAUGCUCCAUCACUUGCUGCAGCAUCCUCAGGGGCAAGAUGGCAUCCCUGCUCACCAGGCCAAGAAGAGAAAGCACUCCGACUCUCCCAACAGCACCCUCAAUUCCCAAAUCCUCACAGGUAUCAUCAAGCAAGAACCAGGUUUAAUGUCGGAUGCAGACAAUGGCUACCUGGACCCAAACUAUCAGUGCAUCAAGUGGCAACCUCACCUGCAGAACAAGUGGACACCGCUCUAUGACGCAAACUGCAAAGAGCUUCCGAUGCCAACCUAUCGCGUUGAUGCAGACAAGGGUUUCAACUUCUCCCUGUCUGACGACGCCUUUGUUUGCCAGAAGAAGAACCACUUCCAGGUCACAGUGUACGUAGGCAUGCUGGGUGACCCCAAGUACAUCAAGACCAGUGAUGGCCUUCAGCCCAUCGACUGCUUCUAUCUCAAACUCAACGGGGUAAAGGUGGAGGCCAUAAAUCAGUCCAUCAGUGUGGAGCAGUCACAAUCUGACCGCAGCAAGAGACCGUUCAAGCCAGUGCUCAUCACCUUGCCAUCAGAGCAGGUCACAAAGGUCACAGUGGGGCGGCUCCACUUCAGUGAGACCACGGCCAAUAACAUGAGGAAGAAGGGCAAACCAAACCCUGACCAGAGGUAUUUCAUGCUGGUGGUGGCGCUGAACGCUCAGUCCCACAGUCAGACCUACACUGUGGCUGCUCAAGCGUCUGAGAGGAUCAUCGUCAGGGUAACGUCUGGCCAUGCAUCGAACCCAGGCCAGUUUGAGAGUGACAACGAGGUGCUGUGGCAGCGCGGACAACUAUCAGACUCAGUCUACCACCACGGGAGAGUCGGCAUCAACACCGACAGGCCCGAUGAGGCCCUCGUUAUCCACGGCAACCUCAAGGUCAUGGGCUCUGUGGUGCACCCGUCUGACAUCAGGGCCAAAGAAAAUGUCCAGGAGGUCGACACCACAGGCAAUUUGAAACGGAUCUCUCAGAUGAGGCUGGUCCAUUAUCAGUUCAAGCCCGAGUUUGCCGCCAGCGUGGGCAUAGAGACAACUGCAGAGACCGGAGUGAUCGCUCAAGAUGUCCAGCAAAUCCUGCCUGAAGCCGUGAAGGAGGGGGGGGAUAUAGUGUUCGCCAAUGGAGAAAUGAUCCCCAAACUGUUAGUUGUUAACAAGGAUCGCAUCUUCAUGGAGAACGUGGGGGCGGUGAAGGAGCUUUGUAAGCUGACGGACAACCUGGAGACACGCAUAGACGAACUGGAGCGCUGGAGCCGCAAGCUGGCCAAGCUGCGUCGUCUCGACAGCAUGAAGAGCACCGUGAGUGGAGGCACUGUCAGCCAAUCAGGAAGCUAUUUUAGCCGGACAGGAAGUGGCCCGCUCAAGAAGAAGACGGUCACACCUGGGAGCAAGAACUCGCUUCCAGAUCCGGGCUGCAUCAGUCAGAAAUUCAUGCAGGGCACCAUCCUGGCACUGGUCAUUGUCAUGGCCUUCAGUGUCAUUUCCAUGUCUGUUCUUUAUGUGCUGACUCUUCACCACAGAGGAGACGCCACAGAUGGCUAUGUCCCUUCCUGUGUUCUCUACAUUUCUUGGAUGCCCAUCUUCACUGCCACUGUAACUUUCUGUCCACCUGCCUGCCCCUGGUCCAGGGCAGCACUGGGAUCUUCACGCAAGAGUGCAUCACUGUCCAGCACUCCUGCACCUGGUUGCUGUUCAACCCCAGACACAAACAACCAAUCAACCACAGUUUUGCCAUUGAGUAACAACCAAUCCACAACAGAUUUAGGCAGCCUGGCUCCCACCCCAGGCGUUAUCAGCAAGAAGGCUAAGUCCAGAGCGAUGGACAAGGAUGGCCACAGUAGAAACCGCCUGAGUCACACCUCAGCACCUUUGUACUUCGCCAAGUCCAAAAGGCCGGCACCGACCGACCUGGGCAGCGCAGGGUCCACCAACCGUCUGCCCGGGGGUCAGCCGGUGCCACGUAGACAGCGGAGCCUACCCACAAAGGAAGGAAGGCCAGCUCCCUCUCUGACCAGUCUACAUAUUGUGGAAACGAACCAAGAGAUCACAGUGCAAAGUUGUGCAACAACCAAGAGCUGCAGCUACACCAUAUCGCUCCACGGAAAAAGAAAUUCCUCCACUUCACAAAUUACUUUGUACAUGACGUCCACAAAGAACGUGUGGGUGCAACAAUGUGGAGCCACCAAGGGACGGUUAUGCCCCAACCACACAGAGGCAGAGCUCUACAGGGCUCAGCCUACAUCAACAAAGGGGACUCGUCACCUGUGGUCAGUGCCUGUGCUGUCCUUCCAGGACGUCACCUACAACUUCCGUGUCUCCCUGUCUAGUGAAGUGAGUUGUGCCACUGAAGGAGAAACCUCAUCGUACUCUGACUACCACUUUAUCAUCCAGAGCAGCUGUGUGUGA